AUGAAUUUAUUGUCGUUGUGGUUCCACCUGCUGCUGAUUUCCAUGGUGCUGCUCCUGAUUGCUCCUGCUGCCGAGUCAACUUUUCUCUUGUUUGCUUGUAUCUUCCGACUGUCGAUCUGUCCGUUCCGUACAACAACAGUAGCGAGUAGUGGUUAA